AUGAAAGAAUUUAAACGUAAAAGAUGUAUUUGCUUCGUUGUUGUUACUUUCAUUACCUGUCUGGUUUUGGCAGCAUGUAUUACUUCAGCUCUGUUAAUACACGUUAUUGGUGCCUUUCAGUCUAAAUUAACAGUGACGGCAACUAAUCAGAAGUAUUCAGAAGGUAUGGAAGAUUCAUCAUCUCAAGUAUUUCAAGACUUCCAAGACCAAUUUUGUUCAGCGAAAUGGUUCGAUCGUCGUAAUUUUCUUCAUAUAUAUCAAAACAGAGAAGUCGGAAGCGGAAGUCCAAAUACUAAUUACGGAAAACCUUCUUGUUAA